GGACGGAAGCCUGGGUCUCCAGCACGAUUUGACAUGGCCUUGGUGACUGAUGGUGUCUGGGCAUCAAGGUUGCGAAGUCUUGAUGCUGUAGGAGUGCGAGUGGCGCAGGUCUGCGUGAUAUUCACUCUGCCUCGUCAGUUUGGUGCAUACUCGCAACCCCUUGCCUAUAUAGAAUGGUUCACACCUUUCAGAGAGGCAGACCAGUUUUCUGGCCUGCAUCAAGUCUCUCGUUCGACUCGUCAGUUACGU